GUUCAGGUUGAUGAGCCAACUUUGUUGCACUUCUUUUGGUUGUAUGAAGUUGAGUCGCGCAAUUUCCAAGGCAUGUUGAGAAGCAGUCGUAGCUGGCUGCUAUGCUCAAGAUGCCUUGGACCUUCUCUACGCACGGUAGUUAGACCUACCUUUGGGGAGAUUCGGUUUCAAAGUUCUUUCAACACCGAGUCCCAAGUCUCGCCCGUUCUACUCCAACGAGCCCGCAGUAUUGCAGCUGAACAUGCGCAGCUCUCGGCGGCAAACAUUGAGAAUUACGAUGUGUCAGUUGCGAAAAGGAUUGGCGAACUGAGUUCGGUCUGUGAAGCGUUGAAAGACUGGGAAGAUGCGCAGAAUAGUCUUUCCGAAUUGGACGCCCUCCUCCACGACCCUUCGUCCGACGCCGAGCUGAAGUCCCUGGCCCAGUCGGACAUCGAGUCCACGCUUUCCACCCUCCCCGGCUUGACGUCGAGGUUGAAGACGUCCCUGAUCCCCGCGCACCCUUUCGCCGACAUGUCGUGCAUGAUCGAGAUCCACCCGGGCGCGGGCGGCAGCGAGGCGUCCCUCUUCGCCCAGACGCUCCUGGACAUGUACAAGGGGUUCUGCGCGCGGAAGCGGUGGCGGACGACGCUGGCGAGCUACACGCCCGACGACUCGGUGCCCGAGAGCGCGCUGACGGACGCGCUGCUCGAGGUCGACGCCCCGGGCAGCUACGACGUGCUGCGGUCCGAGGCGGGGGUGCACCGGGUCCAGCGGGUGCCGAGCACGGAGAAGAAGGGGCGCACGCACACGAGCGCCGUGAGCGUGCUCGUCCUGCCCAACCUGCCCGAGACGGGCGGCGAGGACCUCGACUACGAGGACCCGGAGAGCGACUACUACAUCGCGCCCCAGGACGUGCGGAGCGAGACGAUGCGGGCCCGCGGCGCCGGCGGCCAGCACGUCAACAAGACCGACAGCGCCGUGCGCCUGACGCACGCCCCCAGCGGCAUCGUCGUCUCCAUGCAGGACAGCCGCAGCCAGCACAAGAACCGCGAAAAGGCCUGGCAGCUCCUGCGGAGCAAGCUGGCCCAGAUCCGCCGCGAGCGGCGCGAGGCCGAGGUCAUCCGCCUGCGCCGGAGCGUCAUGGGCGGCGUCGCCAGGACGGGCCGCGAGGACAAGGUCCGCACCUACAACUACUCGCAGAACCGCGUCACCGACCACCGCAGCGGCCGGGAGAGCGGCAACCUCGACGGCGUGCUCGAGGGCGGCCGCGACCUCGAGGACAUCAUGGACAGCGUCAGGGAGUGGAUGAGCGAGGAGGAGGUCAAGGGUCUCUUGGUCGAGGAGGAGUUGAAGAAUAAGCAGGCCGAAACUCCCCAGAAAUGAUAAGUCGACGUUCUCCCUCCGAAAACGAGAGAGUUUGGCGAUAGAUACCCCCAGUUGCACAUACCUACCUUUUGAGGUAAUUUGUACCUUGUAUCAACAACUUUGAGAAACCACUAAAGAGGUCGAUCGUAUAAGUCCUAAUCAGCUCAUGAAGCAGUUUCACGGGUAUCAAUCAUGCUGUACAUUCCGCGCCCGAGUUCCGGCCUCGUUUCC